AUAUGUGAUGGGCAAUUUAGCUAAAAACUAGCCAGUUUGCUGACAAACAUUCCCCAGUGUUUGUUUUCCGACGUGUAAACUAAACUAACAUGCUAGGCUGACUCACUCGGCUAACGUUAGCUAUCUUAACUAACGUUGUCGUAAAAUGUCUUCUUACGGUGAAAGUCCCUGGCUUGUUUACAUUUUGGUUUAUAAUCUGGAUCUUGGGUGUAUAUGCCUACUACGAAGGGUGCUGAACGUACCCAGAGUUUCUUUUCGUCAACGGACUUCACAAGACCGAAGCACGCUGACUCAGAGCAUACUCAGAGGAAGGCUCCUGAAGCAGGUGGGCCGGGCGGCUUUGAGCGCGGAGGAGAGCCGGCUGAUGAAGCGCAUUGUGGAGGAGGAGCUCCUAAAUAUGCAGGACAGCGACGACGAACCUCUCAUCAGGAAGAUCUCACCCCCGUCCUCCAACGGCAAUAAACGGAAGAGAGGGGUGGAAGACGAAGAUGAGGAGAAUGAAGGGAGGAGCCUGGAUGAGUUGGCAAGGAGGAAGAAGUCCCGUCUCCAGACGAGCCCUCCAGAUUCGCCAGAUUCCGGGAUUGAAAGAGUGGGACAGGAGGACAACCUGAAGGAGGGGGACGUCGGAGAAGAGGACAGGAGCGAGGGUCGGGAGGACCUGGAGAGCGGGGAAGACGAAAAGAGAACAUCCCAGAAGAUGGCGGCAAAACACAGAGGGAGAGGCCAAGGUCCGAGCGGGAGGAAGAGGUCGAAGGUCAUGUCUGAGGGCGAGGAGGAGCCGGAGAGCCACCCAAAGGCCGGGGUACGAGAUAAGGAGGGAUCACACAUGGACAGCGAGGAAGAUGAGGGCCGUAAAGAGAUGAAGAAGAAAAAAAACGGUUCUAGGGGUGGACAGAAGAAAGCAGCACAAUCGGACAGCGAGGAAGAUGAGGACAGGGUAAAGAUGAAGAAGCAAACGGCACCUUCUAGAAGGAGACCGAAGAAGGAAGCAGCUGAGUCCGACAGCGAGGAAGAUGAGGACAGGGUAGAGAUGAAGAAGCAAACUCCAGCUUCUAGACGGGGACAGAAGAAGAAAGCAGCUGAGUCCGACAGCGAGGAAGAUGAGGACAGGGUAGAGUCGAAGAAGCAAACAGCCGCUUCUAGAGGGAGACUGAAGAAGAAAUCAGCUGAGUCCGACAGCGAGGAAGAUGAGGACAAGGUAGAGAAGAAGAAGCAAACGCCAGCUUCUAGCCGGGGACAGAAGAAGAAAACAGCUGAGUCCGACAGCGAGGAAGAUGACGACAAGGUAGAGACGAAGAAGCAAACAGCCGCUUCUGGAGGGAGUCUGAAGAAGAAAUCAGCUGAGUCCGACAGCGAGGAAGAUGAGGACAAGGUAGAGAAGAAGAAGCAAACGCCAGCUUCUAGCCGGGGACAGAAGAAGAAAACAGCUGAGUCCGACAGCGAGGAAGAUGAGGACAAGGUAGAGAAGAAGAAGCAAACGCCAGCUUCUAGCCGGGGACAGAAGAAGAAAACAGCUGAGUCCGACAGCGAGGAAGAUGAGGACAGGGUAGAGACGAAGAAGCAAACUCCAGCUUCUAGACGGGGACAGAAGAAGAAAACAGCUGAGUCCGACAGCGAGGAAGAUGAGGACAGGGUCGAGAUGAAGAAGCAAACUCCAGCUUCUAGACGGGGACAGAAGAAGAAAACAGCUGAGUCCGACAGCGAGGAAGAUGAGGACAGGGUAGAGACGAAGAAGCAAACAGCCGCUUCUAGAGGGAGACUGAAGAAGAAAUCAGCUGAGUCCGACAGCGAGGAAGAUGAGGACAAGGUAGAAAUGAAGAAGAAAACGCCAGCUUCUAGACGGGGACAGAGGAAGAAAACAGCUGAGUCCGACAGCGAGGAAGAUGAGGACAGGGUAGAGAUGAAGAAGCAAACACCAGCUUCUAGAAGGAGACCAAAGAAGAAAGCAGCGGAGUCGGACAGCGAGGAAGAUGGGGACAGGGUAGAGAUGAAGAAGCAAACGCCAGCUUCUAGACGGGGACAGAAGAAGAAAGCAGCUGAGUCCGACAGCGAGGAAGAUGAGGACAGGGUAGAGACGAAAGGGAGGAAGUCCUGGGCUGAAGAGCCAGAGAGCAACUCGGAGAGUGAAGAGGAGCACAGAGCUGAGAGGAUGGGGACAAAUCCGGAUGAGGGACGGCCAGCCGAGAGAGGAAGAGCGGGGGCAAGGGAAACCGGCAGCUCCGAGAGCGACGGAGGGAUGAGGGGACCAAAACAAGAGCGAGGCCGACCUGGGAGCCAGGGAGGAGAGGGAGAGAAAAGAACGGGGGGAGAGAAUGGGGGUAGGCGAGAAGCGGCAGACUCGUCCUCGGAAGAGGAGAAGAGCGAGGGAGAAGAGACGAUGAAGGAAAAGAAGAAGAGUGAAGCUGGGAGCGACUCGGACUCGUCAUCUCUCCCAUCCCUUGAGGACGAGGAGGAACGUAAGACCAAGUCAGUGCAAGAGAAGAAGAUUAAGGGGAAAACGAAAGAAGGAAAGAGCGCUCCGAAAGACGGCAAGGAGGAAGAGAACAAGGCGGUGUCCCGGUUGAAGCAUUACAUCGCCCUCUGUGGCGUGAGGCGGAACUACAAGAAGCUGCUGGAAGGCUGUCGCUCCGUGAAGUCCAAGGUCGCGGUGCUGAAGAAGGAGCUGGAGGACCUGGGAGUCACAGGUCAGCCCUCCAUAGAGAAGUGUAAGAAGGCCAGGCUGAAGAGGGAGGAGGCUCAGGAGCUGGCAGAGCUGGAUGUGUCCAACAUCAUCAGCACACAAGGACGUCCUAAGCGAAGAGGAGCGUCGGUGUGGCCGCCCCCUAGACCGGUCUCCCCCCCUCCCUCUUCAUACAAGCACAAAGUGUCGUCCGAAUCGGACAGCGACGAAGACGAUUCGCGGAACGGGAGUGGCGGGACAAGGCCUGACUGGAGCAAGCUGAAGGGCAUCAUUAGCGACGACGCAGACAGCGACUGAGCUGCAGCACAGUCUGAGCGCAGUCGCAGCGACUGAGCCGCAGCACAGUCUGAGCACAGUCGCAGCGACUCAGCCGCAGAGCAGCCUGAGCACAGUCACAGCGACUGAACGGAUCUAUGAUGGCACGUUGACCGUUUUUACAUGUUAAUAUUCAAAUGUUCAGUAUUUGCAACCGUUUUUAUACUGUUUUAUGACUGGCUCUUAAGCAGCCACACUGUUGAUUCAUUUAAUAAAGAACUGAUUUGUGCAUGA